AAGAGAGAGGGGGAGGGAGAGGCCGUUCACGUGUUCCACUUGCGCACCACCUGUCUGCGCAAAGAUCCCUUUUUGGAGAUACUUUUCUUCUCUUUUCUUGACCGUUUGUUGUUUUCUAGACACUUUUUUUUUUUUGGGUGGGUUUUCUCUGUUUCUCAGCCUCAUUUCUCUAUGUUACGUUGAUGUUUCAUCGAAAGGGGUUGCCUUCUUGUGGGUGGGGAUGGAGGCUGUAAAAAUUUAAGGUAGCUCUCUGGCUCUAAUCGAACAGACAAAGAUGCAGUAAGACUGCCCCCGUUCAUCGGACGGUCAGAAAGGAUCUUCACGGUCUGAUCAUUAAACAAAGUUAAGAUUUUCUGCCAGUUUUUUAACUUCCGUCCUUCCAGGUAAAGCCUGGCAGGCUGAGGGUUUGGUAUCUUUCCUUUAGUGGUGUGAAGAUUUUUCUUCGGGGAGAAAUAGGCACCCUCUCCUCUUCCUAGGGAACAGUCUUCUCAUCUUUGCCACCACCCUGUCUCUUGCUCUCCGUCUUUCUUUCUCAUCUUCUCCUCUUGAAAUCCUGAAGCUUUGGAGAUUUUUGAGAGAGGAAGAGGGAGAGGGAGAGGGAGGGAGAGAUGGAGGCAGUUCUACAGACCAAAGGCCUUCUCUCACUACCCUCAAACCCCAGAAGCAGGUUCUUGAAUCCAUCCCAGAGCCUCAGGCAUAGAGUUUUGUCCAUCAAACCCAACAGUCUCUCUGCCCUUCCUCUUUCCACAAAUGGGUUCCAGAAAUUCAAUGGUGUCAUCUCAAGGCCUGGUGAAAUUUACCAGAAAAACAGGACCUUUCACAUCUGCAAGGCUGAGGCAGCAGCUGCAGGUGCUGAUGGUCAGCCUGUUUUUAGUGAGCCAGAGAAGCCCAAGUUUCUGGGCUUAGAGGCCGUCACCUUCAAGAAGAUUGUCCCUCUAGGGUUGAUGUUCUUUUGCAUUCUAUUCAACUACACAAUUCUCAGGGACACAAAGGACGUGCUGGUGGUGACUGCCAAAGGGAGCAGUGCAGAAAUCAUACCUUUCCUCAAGACUUGGGUGAAUUUGCCCAUGGCGGUCGGGUUCAUGUUGUUGUACACGAAAUUGGCUAAUGUUCUUUCCAAGGAAGCCCUCUUCUAUUCAGUGAUUGUCCCUUUCAUAGCCUUUUUUGGGGCAUUUGGAUUUGUUCUGUACCCUCUCAGCAACUAUAUCCACCCUGAAGCCUUUGCAGACAAGCUUCUUGAUAUGUUGGGUCCUAGGUUUCUUGGACCUCUUGCAAUCAUGAGGAUCUGGAGCUUCUGCUUGUUUUAUGUUAUGGCUGAGCUGUGGGGAAGUGUGGUGAUUUCUGUGCUGUUUUGGGGAUUUGCCAAUCAGAUAACCACUGUUGAAGAAGCCAAAAGGUUCUACCCUCUGUUUGGACUUGGGGCCAACGUUGCUCUUAUUUUCUCUGGCCGAACAGUGAAGUAUUUCUCUAAUAUGAGAAAGAAUUUGGGUCCUGGAGUCGAUGGCUGGGCUAUCUCCUUGAAAGCUAUGAUGACAAUUGUGGUGGUAAUGGGGCUCGCAAUUUGUGGCCUAUACUGGUGGGUGAACACUUUCGUUCCUCUUCCAACGCGUAGCAAGAAGAAGAAGGAGAAGCCCAAGAUGGGAACAAUGGAGAGUGUGAAGUUCUUGGUAUCUUCAAGAUACAUCCGAGAUCUCGCUACAUUAGUGGUUGCUUAUGGUAUUAGCAUCAAUCUUGUUGAAGUUACAUGGAAAUCAAAGCUCAAAGCGCAGUUUCCCAGUCCAAAUGAAUAUUCUUCCUUCAUGGGCGAUUUCUCGACUGCAACCGGCAUAAUGACCUUUUCCAUGAUGUUGCUUAGCCAAUUCAUAUUCAACAAAUAUGGAUGGGGAGUCGCAGCCAAGAUCACGCCGACCGUCCUGCUUUUGACAGGAAUUGGAUUCUUUUCUCUGAUAUUGUUUGGCCAUCCGCUUGCCCCUGCUCUAGCUAAUUUCGGGAUGACCCCUCUUUUGGCCGCUGUAUACGUGGGUGCACUGCAAAAUAUUUUCAGCAAAAGUGCCAAGUACAGCUUAUUUGACCCUUGCAAAGAGAUGGCGUACAUUCCCCUCGAUGAAGACACUAAGGUUAAAGGUAAAGCAGCCAUUGAUGUCGUCUGUAACCCACUGGGCAAGUCUGGCGGUGCUUUGAUCCAACAAUUCAUGAUCCUAACAUUUGGAUCGCUUGCAAAUUCGACUCCUUACUUGGGGGGAAUUCUUUUGGUGAUUGUUCUUGCAUGGUUAGCCGCGGCUAGGUCUCUUGAGACCCAGUUCAAUGCCUUGCGCCAAGAGGAAGAGCUUGAAAAGGAGAUGGAGAGAGAGGAAGUUAAGAUACCGGUCGUGCCGCAAACAGAAAGCGGGAAUGGCUCUUUGGCAUCUGGCUCGACUUUGAACCCUGCCACUGGCGACUCGGCAAGCAGUUCAUCGGAGACUUCGAUGCCUCGCAAUUAAUUCAUGUUUCUCGCGUCACUCUACAAUGGAGUGAUGCUGAUGCUUGGCGAUGUUUGCUGGCUGUAGGAUUUGUUUCUCUUAUAGAAAUAAAUGGUUACUGAAGCGGCUAUUUUUUUGGCUCAGAGACUGCUCUUUUUACUUGAAAAUUUAUAAAAGCUUCUGCUAGAUGAAGGUCAUUGUAUCAUAGAGAAUUUUUUCAUGAUGAUGAUGUGAAUGAAAAGAUCUGCCUUUACUGUA